GCCGAGGACGACGACGCCGGCGCCUUCUCGCACCUGGACGGCAGCGGGCGCGCGCGCAUGGUGGACGUGGGCGCCAAGCCGGUGACGGCGCGCGCGGCCGCGGCCGAGUGCGAGCUGCGCGUGGGCGGGCGCCUGCUGCGCCUGCUGCGGGACGCGCGCCUGCCGAAGGGCGACGCGCUGACCGUGGCGCAGCUGGCGGGCGCGCUGGGCGCCAAGCGCACGGCCGACCUCAUCCCGCUGUGCCACCCGCUGGCGCUGGACGUGGUGCGCGUGCGCGUGGAGCUGCCGCGCGGGGACUGCGCGGCGGGCGGCGCGCUGCGCGUGCGCUGCGAGGCGCGCGCCACGGGCCGCACGGGCGUGGAGAUGGAGGCGCUGACGGGCUGCGCCGUGGCGGCGCUGGCGCUGUACGACAUGUGCAAGUCCGUGGACCGCUCCAUGCGCAUCUCGGAGCUGCGCGUGGUGCACAAGUCGGGCGGCCGCAGCGACGGCGCGGUGUCGCCGGCGCCGCCGCCGCUGCGCGCCCCGGACCGGUCCCCGCUGGGCGAGGGCGAGACCUACGCGCCCACUAACGUCAUGCACUUUUGAACAGUAGCUUGGAGUCGCACGCUGGGAUCCUUCGUUAAAUUUAGCAUUCGGAAACUGCUGUUAUCACUAUUGUUUAAAAACAAAUAUUGACUCGGUCUAUGAUACGCUGCCAUAAUAGUAUUAGACAGGUACUUACAUACAUUGUAGGUACUGCGUAUAUAGAUAAACUAACAAUGUUUUGUUUUUUGAUAAUAUGCAAUAUUAAAUUUCGACAAAACUGUUGCCCUCUAGUGACGACGAUUAGGUCAUUAAUCGGAGCUUAGACCGACCGCGUCAACAUUCCGUCAGCUACAUUGACACCGACUCGCUGCGCUCCCUGAGCAAUUUUAUUCUAAAACCAAGCAAAACUCCAUUAUAAAAACGAUUGUUCAAAUACAUUCCACAGUGUGUACCAUUUUACUUUUUUACUUAUUGUAAAUCGUUUCUAAAAGAAAACAAGAAGCUGUGAAUUUAGUUGCGAGUUCUCUUGACUAGUUUUAUGUCCAGGCAUAAAUAUUUAAUCUCGUAUAAUUAUUGUGAUACAUUGAAGUAAGGAUGUGUGUGAUAUUUCACCGAUCGAUCAGACUGUUCAUAAUAUCAUUGCGGCAAGUUGGCAUAAUGACGAAGACUGGUCAACGUCAACAUUGGUCUAAAGUUUUUGUAAUGACCCGGCGUGAAUGAAAUUAGUUUCGGUUUAUGUUUACACGUAUACAUAGGUACUAUUUAAUUUUUAUGUCGAUGGCUUAGCCAGCCAGGACAGAACAUGUAACAUAUUUUAUAUAUGAAAGUAACAAUGUAAAUGUAAGACACGGCUCUUUCACAGGUCACAACCAUAAUUUUGGGUAAUUGACGACCAUCUAGGAAAAUAUUCUAAAAAUGUGAAAUUCUUUUCCGCCAUCAUUUUCGUUCCCCGGCUCUGGGUCGACCUAGUAUGACUAGGGAAUGCUAAUCUUACGAGAUUGGGGCUCAAGCGAGAUCUCAAAAUUGGCAGUUUUGUUGCAAAUAAUCAUAAUAUUUGAAUAAAUUUGAAAGAAGUAAUAAGAUUGUAAGAUAAACAUUUCACACAUCGACUCGAAAAUUCUGCCUGAUGUUACGUGGACGACUUUGGAGGUGGAAACUAUUUUUUUUAUUCAAUUGUUAAAAGUACUAUAGGUACUCCUACUUUGUCAAAUGUAACAAUCAAACAACAAUUGAAAGAAAAAGCUAGUCUUCUCUUCAAUUUACAUUAACAUAACCUAAAUCCUUUUAGUAAAGCAAUCUCGCGAGAUUUGAGAGAGAAAUUGCAUUAUGUACCUAUAUAAGUAUGACUAGUACCACGGCGUGACCAGUCUCCUUCAUUGAGUAGGUACACUACAUGCAGCUGACUGGGAGCUGGAAUUAUAACAUGACCUUGUAAGGAGCUGUUUAUAGUGUAGAUUAUUUGCAACAUAUUUGUGUAUUGGUGUAACACUAAACUUAUUAGGUACUUUUUUAUAUUUUAUGACAUUGUUUUUGUAUAUUUAAUAUUGUAUAUAUUUUUUUACUGCCUCGUCGGUCGAUUGGUCGCAAGUGCGAUUCCCGGGCAAAGUGGUACUGGGCUUUUUCGGAUUAUCGAAAAUUUCUCAGUGGUAGCACGGAGUCUAGAAUUGUGCCCAAUAUGCCAUAUACCUAAUAGGCUCUAUUAUACAUGGGACUUAUAAUAAAAAUUGUGAAAAGUGUGUGUACAUUGUAUAGCAGGAUAGCGUGCCGUAAUGUGCACCUCUGCCUAUCCCUUUGGGGAUAAAAGGCGUUAUUUAUAUUUUUUGCAUGUUCGAUAAAUAACACCAGGCAAAUAAUUAUAUGAAUCUGAAAGAUUAAUCUAAUUAUUUUAUGACAAUAAGUAAUUUUAAUAAUUAAGUAUAAUUAUAACAUUUAAUAUACCUUUGUGCAAGAAGAAAGUACUUAUUACUGUGGUGAAUAAAUAACAAUGAAGUAGGGACAGUAGUCAUAGACUGUGUUAUGUGUCCAUAGGACAUAUUGUGGAAUUAAGUUAAAAGCUGUAAGCUAUAAUAUUGACAUGUUACAUAAUUAUUCAUAUUUGUAUAUUAUCAAUAUUUUUUUAUUAAAUACUAUUAUUUAAAAAUAUUUAAA